UCGCAGUGCGCUGUACUCAGAAAGGGCAGUGCACUCGCUCAUCGUCGUGUUGGUCUGGUUCAUUUUGUUCGGUUAUAGGAUAACGCAAAACCAUGAAAGAGAGAAGAAACGCACAGCCAUUGGUGGUCAGAUGUAAACUGGUGCUGGUUGGGGAUGUUCAAUGCGGGAAAACUGCGAUGUUACAGGUUUUGGCAAAGGAUUGUUAUCCAGAGACGUAUGUGCCCACAGUAUUUGAGAACUACACAGCCUGUCUGGAGCUCGACGACCAGCGUGUUGAAUUGAGUUUAUGGGACACAUCAGAUCCAGCUCGUAAGAGUCAUUUAUUAGGGAAUUGUUUAGACUUUGCUGGUUGCACUCAAAUGGAGUUUGUGCAUCUCUUAUCACAGGGCUCUGCCAUGGCCAAACAGUUGGGCGCUGAGGCUUAUCUGGAGUGUUCGGCCUUCACCUCUGAGAAGAGCAUCCACAGCGUGUUCCGCACAGCUGCGCUGGCUUGCAUCAACAAGCUACAGCCGCUCGCCAAACCCAGCCCGACCCGCCGGCUGUCCAAACGCCUGCUCCACCUGCCCAGCAAGUCCGAGCUCCUCUCCUCCACCUUCAAGAAGGAGAAGGCCAAGAGUUGCUCUGUAAUGUGAGUGGAGAACUUCACCCCCCCCAUAACAAACGCUACACCAUUCCCUGCGCUUUGGUCUGGGGAAGGAGGGGUGGGUUCCGAUUGCCACAUCAAUGACGUGUGGAAUCCUUCCUCACCCCCCAAAGAAACACCUUUCAGAACAAGUGGACACCUCGCUGUCCUCCUUGUCCUGAGCUCUUCAACAGUGCAUAUGUAUUUUCAGUACUGUAUCUUGCUUUUAAACGAGAUUUGAUCAUCAGCCGUCAUCUAUUCACUUCUUGUUAUCAAGAGAUUUGCUGUCAUUGGGUCAGUUGAACCUCGGAAUGAUUCAACUAAAUAGGAAACAUGUUUAAAAAAGGUUCUAAUGUUCAAUGUAAGCUAUUCGAUCUAUAAAUACAAGAUCUCUAGUGUAAGCUUCAAAAUAAAUACCUACAGAAUGCACUAAAAUUGUGAAGCUGGGGCUGUUGUGGAGCUGUGCACAAGGCCGGGUCAUGUAGAGGAGAAGGCGGCCCAUUUGGCAUUGUCACGCUUGUUGAAUUUGCUGCAGUGUAGGAAGCGAAAUGUGAUUAAGUGAGAGCCGCCCAUAUCUGAACGCUACGAUGGAGGAAUAGAAG